AGAGCCAAAAGCCAAGUGUUUUUUUUUUUUUUUUUGGGUUUUGGGUUUUUGGGUCCCAUAUUCCGGUUUAAUUGUUUUUGUUCCUUCUCGACUUUGUGGCAGAAGAUAUUGUCUGCCAUUGUUGUGUGAAGCCCAAGGAAUAAACGUUUUUAUCUCAUUGCAAAUGGGAAGAAUUAGAAUCGUGGGGUUCCUUCAGUUCCUCUCUUUUUAUCUUUAAAUCUGUGCCUCCCCCUCUGAAUAUUCUCUGAAUUCUCACCAGGACAAAGAUAUAAAACGUCUGCAUUCAGAUUUCACAAUCCCGAUAUAUACCCCAUGGACAAGAGUUGAUAUGGUUUCUGGCAAUGCAUGGUAAAUGUUGUAGAGAUAAAGUGAAGAUGUCGGCAAAGUUUAUGUAUCCAUUGUCAGAUGAAAACCCAGAUCUGCAGAAGCAGAUUGGGUGCAUGAAUGGUCUCUUCCACCAUUUCCUUGGUAGCCGACGCUUUGCCACCCCAUCCCACAAAUGCCUUCCACCUGGUUCAAUUGGCAAGCAUGGAACAGAGGCAAAGAUUGCUUCACAAAGAAUAAAGGAAAAUAAUCUGAAAAAGACUGCGAAAGAGAAUCAAAGGUUGUCGUUUGAAUCACCCCGAACCUCGUCGUCCUCUUACUCAUCUGCUGACUGCACCAAAGCAUCUCGACUCGAUCAGCAUCGGUCUUCGUCGAGCCAAACCAGCUUUCCUGAAAUCCCAAAGCAGGAAAUAUCCAAUGAGCAAUCGACGGUUUCUUUGCAGUCAUGCCAACAUUCAGUUAACCUCAGAAAUGUGGUUAAAGACUGCAUCUACAGAGAAGCCCGGGGAUUAUCGGUUAAAACCGGGAUGAAAGCGGAUGCAGGGCAGCACCAGACCUUGAAGUACAUAGAUUCCCCGAGGCCUUCGCAGUCACCGAAACCUGCAAUGACAAGGAAAAUCAAUCUAGAAGUGCCUAGAACGGCCAAUGGACGCAAUGAUGGUUCGCUCACUUUCGUGGCAAAGGAUGCUCGCCGUUUCUCUUAUGACGGGAGGGGGUCGCAUGAUGCAGUUAAAGUUAAGCUCAAAGAUCAGCCAAGGCUGUCACUAGAUAGUAGGGAAAUCUCCAUGAAACGUUCAACCAACCAUAUGAACUGCAAUGAAAUGAGAAGCCAACAACAAGAACCUGGGAGCGGCAAAGGACCAUCUAGCAUUGUAGCCAAGUUGAUGGGGCUGGAAAUAUUGAAAGACGAUCUCCCUUCAUUCUCAUUGAGAAUCGAUGAGAAUUCAAAAAAUCGGGUUUCUUGUUCUCCAAGAAAUUCAAAGAUGGAACCCAGCUCACCCGAUUUGACAAAUGCAGACUCGAAGAAAUCUAUUGCAACUAGAUGUUCGAAUGAACCAGCCCCAUGGAAGCAUAUGGAUGGAAGCAUAGUUCAAACAUCGGCUUCGAAAUGUCGAGAAACUCUGCCUAAAUCCCCGAACUCCUCUCUAACUGUUUAUGGUGAGAUUGAGAAACGGCUGGCAGAACUCGAGUUCCAAAAGUCAGGAAAGGAUCUCAGAGCCCUUAAGCAAAUACUUGAAGCAAUGCAGAAGUCUAAACAGAUGGUGGGGACCAGAAAAGAUGACCAAGCUUCAAUUUUUGUAUCUCAAGCGAACAGCGUCCUUGGUCACAGCUCAGAAGCACCAAACUUGAGAAAGCUACAAAGUAGCAAUUCAGUUUCAGCCAUAGUUAAGGGAACUAGUUCUCCGACACGCCUUAAAUCCGCGGUCAAGAUUACUAAACCAGCAAACUGCAUCGAAAAUGCCAGCAAUUCUAGUUCAUCAGUGGUUGCAACAAGCAGUUUAAGCAGAAUCCGCACACGGAGUAGCCCUGCCGAAGUCGGAAAUGAAAAGGUUGACAAGCGACCAUAUAAAGAAUUAACUCUAAGGCCUAAUUCUCCUAAACAUCCUUCCGGCCGACCCCAACCGAGCACGACUCCCAGAACUCUAACAUUAAACCAAACUUCAAAAGAGCUGUCGCCUAUUGCUGGAGAAAACCCGAAGCUGGCAAUGAGCUCAGAGACCACAUGCCUUAAGAAGAAGCUUGAAUUGGAAAAAAAACCUCGUCGCACUCGUCCAGCAUCAGAGCAGAGCAGAAGCAGAAGGCAAUCAAGCAGAAUACAAGCAGAAUCAGGCUUGCCGCAUUGGAUGUCCAGGGAUAAAUCCCACGAUUUGCAACGACGCGAUGAUCAAACAAGUGAUAUCAGUAGUGACAUGACAGAUUUAAGCCACCAAGGGGAUGCUUGUUCAAUGCAAUUCAAGAGCAAUUCGAGUGCAGCCACUUACGGUGACAUUGAAGUCACAAGCAUGAAUAGAUCUCACAACGGAUCAGUCUCCCAAAAACAAGAAAAGAAUCAUAAAAUUUCAACAACAGAACCUCCGAAUACAAUUAUGGAACAACCAAGUCCAGUCUCGGUUCUAGAUGCCACAUUUUACGGAGACGAAUCACCAUCUCCUGUGAAGAAAAAAUCAAAUCCUUUUGAAGAUUAUGAGGGUCUUAUUGCUGAUGAAGCAGAAUGGAGUCUGAACCACAAACAGCUUACAUUCGAUGAGGUUAAUGAAAUUCGUGUGAGGAAGUUAGUGAAGGAAAGCUCUGAGACAGACAAGCCAUGUGUGGUGGAGGAUAGAAAACCAAAGAGACAGGAUGUGGUAAGAGAUUCAUGUUUGGACAUUGAUAAACUACAAACAGUAUCAAGUACAAGGUUGGAUGAUGAGAUUAACAGUGUGCAAAGCAUCUUAAUGAGAGAUUUGAAGGUUGGAGCAAUGGAUUGGAGCAAGUGCAAGAGUGAAAUUCCAUGGGUUGUGUUGGAUGUUGAGAGGUUGAUCUUCAAAGACUUGAUAUGUGAAAUUAUCAGUGGUGAAGCAGCAAAUUAUAGGCGACUGUUUGUGAAGUAGGAUUUCUAUUAAUGUAUUAAUGUUUCAGAAAAGAGGGUGGUGGUAGGUAGUUUACUUCAUAAUUUCUUUUCUUCUUUGGGGUUAUAGUUUCAAAUAAAGCUUGAAUGAAACUUACCUUGUAAAUUUUAAAAAACAUAGCCUGUGAAAUACGUGUAAACUGCAAUGUUAUAUAUAUACAAACAUGUAUUCUCUCGA